AUGACUCUGGGAGUUCAAAAAACAAUCCAAAAAACCAGUGCAGGCGAGGCUAAAGUGGCCCAUGAUCCUGCACCUGCCAGACUUCCCGAUAACUUUACAGUGGACAAGGAUGCUCGCUACACGGGCUCAGUCAUCGAGUUCAACAAAUGGAGAGGUUUUGGCCACAUUGCGGUGGAUCAAAAGGGUGUUGUGCCUGGCGACAAGGUCUUCGUGCACUGGAAAAAUAUUCAAUCAGAUGACCGGUUUCCUCGCUUACAGCAAGGAUUGCAGGUUGAGUUUGGGCUUAUGAUCACCAAUGACUGGAAGGGAUGGAACAGAGUGAGAUGUUUGAAAGCCAAGACUUUGACUCUUCCUGGUGGAGGCAUGGUGAACAUCCAAGACGCCAUGGACGCUGAAAGCAUGCAGUUUGUUGGAGCGCAAAACUUCCGCUACACGGGGACUGUAAAGUUCUUUGACCAGUUCCGUGGGUUUGGUUGGGUCACCUUAGAUGAGGGCUUUGCAAUGGAGGACCCUGUGCCCAAGGAAAUCAAGGUUGAUGCUGUUGAGCUGAACACUGGUGGAAAGCCCUUAAGAAUGAGAAUCGACAAGCUAGCGAUUGAGUUUGGGAUCAUCAAGGGCAAGAACGGGGACUACAUGGCAUACAAUGUCACCUUGCCAGGUGGCACGCCCAUCACGCAGGAAGCCAUGGAGCAUCGGCAAGAGGAGGGAAGUCAGAGGUUUACUGGUACCAUCCAGUGGUGGCACCGGUGGCAAGGAUGGGGCCACAUCCUACCAGAUCCUGGCACGACCUUCCCGGAAGCCGUGCAGAAGAAGCUAGAUGAGACUGCCUCACAAGCUGCAAAGGCCAGAAGUGCAAGUGGGGACGGCGAACAGUUGAGAAAAGGCAUGGACGUUUUCUCCAUGUGCAGUGCAAAGUCUGAGGAGAAGGGGAAAGAGAAGUUGCUGUACUUCAGAAAGGCCGACUGCGAAUGGAACCUACGGACAGAAAUUGGGAAGAAGGUGACGUAUGCAGUGUACCUGGAUGACAAGGGCGCAGGUGCCAAGGAUGUGGCACCUGACGGGCAGGAGCUGGGUGAAGCACAGGAAUUCACAGGCUGCAUGGCCAAGUCCCCAACCUGA